AUGAACAAACGACAUAAACAGAAACAUACUGGGUCCCAACGUAACUGUGCAAUACCUAUGGAAAGGUCAGCGUGGUGCAACAAUAGAUAUAGGCAGGAGGCGUGCAUGAAGCUCGAGCCUCCAAGUCCACUGCAACUUUGGGACCAGGCGCAGCUGCGCAGAGCAUCACAUACAGAGGAAGUAGAGCGUUCCAGGUGGCUCGAAGUAGAGGUAUUCGACGGCCUCGACAAGCUAAACUUCACUGGACGGGGAAACACUGUGCCGACCAAAUUGCCGAACACUCAGCGCACCAGGUUUACCGCCCGUGUGAGGUUAUCCGCAGGGGUAGGAGUCCAAGUCAUGUUGAUUCUCAGGGUGCCACUAAGCGAUUUCUAUGCGAACCGUCCUCUCCCGGGGCAUCCCGUAUUUCAUAGACCAGCAAAGCGAAGCAGAGCUUACUGUAUCGCCCAAGCCUUGAAGAGCUGUUCGACUUCGACUAAAAUGAAGAGAAGCCGAUGUGGCGAAUGCCGGCGGCAUUGCGCUGACCAACUGUUCUUGGCAGGCACAUAUUGUCUGUCUAUCGACAAGAAACGACUGUUUUACAAAGAUAGUGUAUCCAAGCGCGCACAUCAAACGCGGCAUCAUCGUGUCGCCGAUGUAAUCACUGUUCUGCUGAGGAUAGUCGUACUUUGGACAAAUAUGCUAACUUCUACGGAAUUUGCGCAAAAUGUUUCCCGAAUUUUUGUUAGUCCUAGGCCAGACAUGUGUUCCUGCUGCAGCGUGCCGACGUCUAGAACGCUCAACCUCCGACGAAAGCAAUUGGCAGGUUUUAUCGAGGAUUUCCAAGUCCCGCUUGUGCGCACUCAAAACGUUUUUACCUCAUAUCGGGACCUUAUCAUCACCAAUGGCCGCACGUCGUGUUGUUUGCAAUCUCUUGCACCGUGGAUACGUUUGCUACGCGGUCGGAAGUUUCGCGAGGCCUUGCUUAUUCGAUAUCACAAGCACUACCAUGUGCAUAAACCCCGCCUCUCAGAAAAUUUCUUCGGUGCAUACCAGGCUCGACUUCGGUCCCGAAAGUUAUACCCCCUUGGAGCUUGGAGCAUGACUGUCAUUGUCCCUCCAAAGCAGUUUAAACACCGUAUGCUAUCACACAAGCUCUAUGAUAUGCGACGCGCUAAGGGCAAUAUGGUGGACUUGAACGCUUCAAGUCAAGGACGGAAGUUGUUCCGCACGGCUGACGGCAUACCAUCGUACCCGGUGCCUUCGUCGUCCCUGGCUCCCUCGACUUGCUCCUCCGGAAAGAAUCUAGUCUGGUAUCUAUUCGCCUCUAUUCUUCCACUUGCCCGCUUCUUCCGCUUUCUCGGAAAACACCACGUUUCACACUUUUACGGAUUGCUACCAGAAAGUCGAUACACCGAGUCCUGGGUUGACACCAGCACAGCAUCCAGGCAGAGCGCCACCUAUGUGCCGUCGCUCUGGUAUCUCUACGUUUCUUGUGCCCACUACCUGGACCCUUUGGUGUACGCCAUCAAAUACGCGAAUCAACCAAAUCCUGAAUCAAAGUCCAGCUAG